AAGUGCCCCUGAGCCGCCCUGUCCCUCCCGCUGUGCCAGCUGCACCCAGAGGAGGGCCGCCUGGGGGCCCCAAACCCGCUGAGAACCCGGAGGCUGGACUCUCCUAGCGCCCGCCCCGGGUUGCAGGGUGGCUGGGUCAGGGACCCAAAGAACCAGCGGCACCAUCUCACCUUCUCCACCGAGGCAGGGAAGUGGGAGUCCUGAGCCCUCAGCCCAUUGACUUCAUUGUGGAGGCCGCCAUCUUGGAUAAUCAAAGAGGCCAAGAUCCAGCUGCCUCUGAUGGAAAGGAAUAGGUUUCCCACUGGAUCCGAGGUGAACGCUGACCCCAAGCCGCUCUUCUCCGGGACAGGAUGAGGGUGUCAGGUGUGCUUCGCCUCCUGGCCUUCAUCUUCGCCCUGGUAGCCACAUGGAUCUUUACUCGCACCUAUGUGAGCUUCAGCUGGAACACCGUCCGUCUGCCCCGCUGGCUGAGUUCUACCCACAGGGAGACUCGAGCUGUGCAGGCCAAGUGCAGCAUCAGCAAGCCCUGCCCAAACAACUUCUUUGCGUUUAAAAUCUGCAGCGGGGCGGCCAACGUGGUGGGCCCCUCCAUGUGCUUCGAAGACCACACGAUCAUGAGUCCUGUGAAGAACAACGUGGGCAGAGGCCUGAACAUCGCCCUGGUCAACGGAUCCACGGGAACCGUGCUGAGACACAGCUCCUUCGAUAUGUACUCUGGAGAUGUUAAGGAACUGGUAAAAUUCCUUAAAGAAAUUCCAGAGGGUACUCUGGUGCUGGUGGCCUCCUAUGACGACCCAGGAACCAAAAUGACUGAUGAAGCCAGGAAGCUGUUCUCAGACUUGGGGAGUUCCCAUGCCAAGAACCUUGGAUUCCGAGACAGCUGGGUCUUCUUAGGGGCCCGAAACCUCAAGAGUAAAAGCCCCUUUGAGCAGUUCUUGAAGAACAACCCAGACACGAACAAAUACGAGGGAUGGCCGGAGCUGUUAGAGCUGGAGGGCUGUGUGCCUCAGAAGAUCAUUUAGGGAGCUGUGACCCUUCCUUGGUCUGGGACCUGAAAAUGCACUUGCCUGUCUUAGGAGUCAGAGCCUGGAGCGCCAGGGGCUGGGUUGACGCAAGGCAGAGAACAUAUUGACGUGUUAACGGCCACAGCACACUGCAACGCACUUCCUUCUUUGGAGACAAAGCCUCACCACGGGCUGAGAUGUCCUAUGUGGGAAAUGAGCAGCCUCAGAGGGUCCUUUGCCUGUUGGGAGUGCACGUGUGCCUUCCAUCAGGGGCUGCAGACUGUCGGUCCAAGUAAGGACUGCCCACACUUGUGAAAAAUUAAAUUUUAUUUUUGCUCAUUCUGAAA